UAAGAUGAAAAUACGUCAGACGUGAUAUUUUUUUUUUUAAAUAAAAAAAAGAAGAGUUAAAAAUUUUUUUUCAAUUUUACACGUCCAAUUUUUAAAUAGUUAAAUAAAUAAAUAAAUAAAUACCUGAUUACUAUAAAGGUCUAAAUGCCGCAACUGUCUCAUCUCUCCAAUAUUUUCAGAUAAGCGCAUCACUGUGAUUGGAGCUGGUAUUUGAGAUAACAGCUACAACAAUACAAAAGACUAAGUAAUUAAUUUUUAAUUUAUCGCUGGUCUCUCAUUACAAUUUAAAAUUAAACAGAAUAUUUUCAAUUGAGCCGUAAAAGCAACAAUGGCACCGACAAUCCCGAGGGCUUUGGCUAAACUUUAUGGGUACAUUGACGAGCAUAAAAAAGAGUACGUUGAUACAUUGAGAGAAGCUGUGGCCAUAAAAUCCGUGUCAUCAUGGCCGGACUCUCGAAGCGAGUGUGUCAAGAUGAUGGAGUGGAUGGAGAAGAAGAUGAAAGCUCUAGGAGCUAGCACUGAGUUGGCAGAUAUCGGUAUAGAAAAAUUGCAUGACGGAAGAGAAAUUCCAUUACCGCCAAUUUUGGUCGGUAGUCUUGGAAACGAUCGUAGCAAGAAGACCGUUCUUAUUUAUGGACAUCUUGAUGUUCAGCCUGCGUUGAUUGAGGAUGGAUGGGAUACCGAGCCGUUUACUUUGGUUGAGAAGGACAAUAAGUUAUUCGGGCGAGGCAGUACUGAUGACAAAGGCCCAGUUUUGUGCUGGUUACAUGCAUUGCAAGCGUACAAAGCUAUCGGGGAAGAAAUUCCGGUUAAUAUAAAGUUUGUCUUUGAAGGAAUGGAAGAGAAUGGUAGCGAAGGCUUAGAUGAAUUUUUAUGGUCACGUAAGGAAUCCUUCCUCAGUGACAUUGAUUACGUAUGUAUUUCUGAUAAUUACUGGCUUGGUACAACGAAACCUUGUAUCACAUACGGCUUGCGUGGUCUUGCUUACUUCAAUCUUGAAGUAAGCUGUGCUAAAAGUGAUUUGCACAGCGGAACAUUCGGUGGAACAGUCCACGAAGCAAUGUCUGAUUUGAUUUUUUUGCUAAAUUCACUGGUCGAUGUAAACGGGCGUAUUCUUAUCGACGGAAUUUACGACAAGGUUGAUAAGAUUACUGAAGCCGAACUCAAGAGCUAUCAGGACAUUGAAUUUGAUGUCGACGAGUUCCGAAGUACUGUUGGAACAAAAAAACUCGCUCAUAAUGAAGAUAAGAUACAAUUGUUGAUGCAUCGCUGGCGCUACCCAACUCUCUCGAUCCACGGAAUCGAGGGUGCUUUCAGCGAACCAGGAGCCAAGACCGUCAUCCCCAGGAAAGUUAUUGGCAAAUUCUCAUUGAGAAUUGUGCCUAGUAUGACUCCCGAUGAGGUUACUACGAAGGUCAAGGCUCACUUAGAGAAAAUUUGGGCUACCAGAGGCAGUCCCAAUAUUAUGAACAUCCACAUGGGUCACGGUGGUAAACCUUGGACAGAGAAUCCCGAUCAUCCCCAUUACGUAGCGGCUCGUACUGCUACCAAAUAUGUGUAUGGAGUUGAUCCAGAUCUAUCUCGCGAGGGUGGAUCGAUACCUGUGACUCUUACAUUCCAAGAAGUUACCGGUAAAAAUGUUUUACUCCUGCCGGUCGGUUGUGGGGAUGAUGGCGCUCAUUCCCAAAAUGAAAAGCUCAAUAUUCGUAAUUACAUCGAAGGGACCAAGCUCCUGGGAUCUUACUUAUACGAAGUCUCCCGAGUUUAAUCAAUUCAUAAUUUUAUAUUUUAUAAAAAUAUUAAUUACGGUGUUAAUGGUAGAAUCAGGGUAAAUCUCGCUGACUGAUUACUUAGUUUACUUUUUAUUAACUUUGUUAAUAAUUAUGGUAUAAAUAUAAAAAAUAAAUUGAUAACUUUGAUUAA